UUUGCGGUUCGCUCUCUAGUCGCGCGCAGCUUCUUCCUCCAUCUCUCCGCAGCGUCUACUUCCGGCACAUCACAUCUCUUUAUUCAGUCUAUAAUAAGCUCUAUUCGACCGCUGCCGUCCAGAAUUUUCUCUGUUGCACAUCACCGGUUGUCAAAUCGUCUACGAGGAUGAAGGGAGCGAAAUUGGCCGUGGUUUUGAGCGUGUUUUUGGCCUUCGUCCUCCUGACUGAGGCGGCGCGAAGCAAGAGAGACUCCAGCAGCCCGAACAGCUUCAGGAGGGCGGCCAGUGGCUUCUACCAAAUCCUCAGCAAUAUCUUCGGAGAGGAGAACAUCAGGGCUAUGUACAAGUUCUUCUCAAAAACUACAGAGAAGUUUGUUCAUGGAGUCGAUUCAUUAUUGGACACCUUGUGGAAACUGUGGGUGGACCUGCUCGAUGUUAUGGGCAUCGACUCCUCUAACCUGACGCACUACUUCAGUCCAUCGUCCGUGUCCAGUUCUCCUGCUCGCGCACUUCUCCUGGUGGCAGCCUUGCUGGUGUCUUACUGGUUCUUGUCCUUGUUCCUGAGUGGCUUCUUUUACGUCCUCCACGCAGUGUUUGGCCGUUUCUUCUGGCUGGCCCGUGUGGCCCUUUUUGCCCUGUCCUGCCUGUACAUUCUGCAGAAAUUCGAGGGCGACCCGGAGAAAGCAGUGCUGCCGCUGUGCUUCAUCAUGGCCGUGUACUUCAUGACGGGACCGGUGGGAGCAUUCUGGCGGAAAGGGGGCGGGCCUGGAACUCUGGAGGAGAAGAUCGACCACCUCGACACCCAGAUCCGCCUCCUUAACAUCCGCUUGAGCAGAGUGAUUGAAAACCUAGAGCGCUCAAGUGACCAAUGAAAUGAUUUUGACCCCAGGCUGAGGGUCAGAGCUGGGGUUUGUGAGAUGGGAUGAGAAGAAAAAAAUAAAAAAUGUUUUUUGGUUUUUUUGCUCCUUUUUCUCAGGAUGUCCCAACAUUUUAGUCAGGCAAGAAUCAUGUACGGAAAUUUGAUAAAUUCCCCUGUUGAUAUGCUGAAAAGAGUCUAUUAGAUUCACCCUAUUGUUGUGGAAUGUAUUAUUAGUGUCCACUUCUACUGUAGUUAAAUAUCAGGACUUUUUGUAUACUGUGGGUCUGUGUGUGUCUGCAAGCCUUGAGUUGAGUGUGUUAGUCCAUUACGCGGUGUUAUGCCCUUUUCCAUAAGCUUGUUUGGGCAUUUUCUGUAAGUGUGUUAUUUAUCAAUCAUGAAGGCAAUGCAAUUGAGAGUUGAUUCAGAAACACUCAAAGUGUGAAGAAUAGUCAGUAUCACUGCUUUUUUUAUUUUUUUCAUCUCUCCCUUGUCUCUUCUUGAGGUCGCCAGAGGUCACUCUUGAGUUCAGGACCGAUCAGCACUAUCAGGGAUAGAGAUGUAUGUGGAAAUCGCUUUCAGAAAGCAACUAGUUAUCAGAAGCGUGAGGAUAUCAGACCAGUGUUCCUGGCAGCAAAAUUACAGUGCUGCAAUGUACAACAGUAUCUCUGUCCAACUUCAGCCAAGAGAGAGAGAUGUUCUCGUGUGCUUUAGAUAAGUACAGGGUAAUACCUGGUCAUGCACUUUGUUCUCAGCAUGAUAUCAUUGUAUUAAUUGUAUGUACCAUUUUAAUACACUUAUAGAAAGGGAUUGAUUAAACGUUGUUUUAAUCCCACUACUUAUUAGUGCUGCUUAGAAAAAUCAUUUUAAGAAAGUGGCCUCUAUGGUACCAUCCACAGUGGCAUUUUGUCUAUUUGAAAUGCCUGAUAACUAAUCUAACCUGUGUCCCAUCUUCUCUGCUGGUUCUUAUUCACUCUACUACUUAUUCUUUUUGCAGAUUUAACUUUCAUUCCAGUUUUUGGUUUUUAAUUUGUCAUGUUUUUUCAACCUUGUUAAACCGUUGUAGCCAAAGCUAAUUUGCAUGUUUUUAAAAAUAUAUUUCGGACAUUUAUUCCCUGCUUCAUAGAUUUAAAAUAAUACUGUAAUUUAACAUUUUUAUACAUGUUUUUAUAUUUUAAGAGAAAUAUUAUGAAUGGUCAGUGUUCAAGUAUAUUUUCAUUCCAUAAAAUGACAUAAUUAUUAUUUUUUACGUGAUGUAUUUAAUACUACUGUUGAAAAGUUUGGCAUCAGUAAGAUUUUUACAAAUAUUUAAUUGUUGUUAAGCCAAUAUGUAUUACAUUUUUCAUUAUAAAUAUAUUUUAAAUAAUUGUAAGUUCUUUUAAGCUUACUGUUCAUUAAAGAAUCCUGAAAAAAAUAUAUCACAGUUUUCACAAAAAUAUUAAGCAGCACAACUGUUUUCAACUUUGAUUAUAAUAAGAAAUGUUUUGGAGCACCAAAACAGAAUAUAUGAAUGAUUUCUGAAGGAUCAUGUGACACAAUUAUAUAUUAAAAUACAAUAAAAUAGAAAACAGUUAUUUUAAAAUGAAAAAAUGUUUACGGGCCACAUACUUUUGAACAGUAGUGUACAUUGAAAGUAGGUUUUUUUUGUUUGUGUGUUUGUUUUCAUCUGGGAACAUCUAAUGUUUUUGUUUUGCGUCAUAUCGUAUAAGGUUGUGUUUACUGUGUGUUAUGGAUUUUAAUUUGUUUUGUUUUUGGUGAUUUCUGCUACUGAAUUAUCAUUUUUUUUAUAUUACGUUUGUCUCCUGCCAGUUGUUUUAAAGACGUUAUUCAUUCAAAGUGAAAGUUUUGUGGCGUUUAAUCUUUGUGUCAGUGUUGAUGCCAUUCUAUACUGUUUUAGACAUUGAUGAAAUUAACUUUUAGCAGAUACAUGUUAAAAAUUUACAGUCUUUCUCUUCAAAGAAAGCGAGCCAAAAAUAUUGACCACUCUUCCUGCGCUUCACUGAUUUUAGUUCAGAAACUGUCUCUCACCCUUCCACCAGUCGCGGUUUCAAUGCUGUGACGUACUGUAACUCAAGCCUACUGGAAAGCACUAAUAUCAAGAAGGCCCAUUUUUUACUGUAUGAAUGUGUGAAGGAAAUCAUACAAUAUAAGCACCAGCCUUGAGGAAUCUCCAAAUAGCAAACUCUUGUGUACUUGCAAUGUACCAGCAUUAUUGUACAAGUACUGGAGACAUCUAAUAUUAAUUAUUCAUAUACAUGUCUCAGCAAACACUCCUGUAUUUAAAAUUGUCUUGUGUACUUGCAUAUCUGUAAUGAAUGAGAAGCCACAGUAAUAUACCAUGGAAAAUGCUCUGGAUCUUAUGACAGUUUUAUCAUUAGCUGUGAUUUCAAGUGUACUCCAUGCAGAGUGAAUGUGCUGAGUUUGCUUGUAGAAAUAUGUAUGACAGGUGUUUUCCUACUCGCACUGUUAAGCAAUUAAUUUUGUUCUUGUAAAUUGCAGUAACACGUCGAGUCCUUAAUUUAUUUGUGGAAUAUUAUGCAUUUUAUUAAUGUCUGUUACAUUAUACAUAAGGGAGUUGUACUGACUUAACUGCAAAGACUCAUUUCUCUCUCACAUUGUCUCUCAUAGAUCCCAGUUGACUGCACCAGUGCCAAUUAUUGUGUGUUGAGGACUUUGCGUCAUUGAUUGAUUUGUAUUAGAAAGCACUGAAUCUUUGUGAAGUCUAGACCUUAACUGGUAUUUUUGCGUAGCAAAUGCCUAGAUUUCUAUAUUAGGUUUGCUUUGUACUGUAUAAUUUUCAUCAGGAGUGUUCACCUGCGAUGUUGCUUGCUGUGGUAUUAUUUGCGCUGUCUGUAACAUAUUUUUGCCUUUAUGAAACUUGUUCAAUGAUUUUCUCUAAGAUGAAACGGUGGUCCAAAAAUGAUUUAAUAAAUGUAAUAUACAAUUUGA